AUGGCCUCCACACUGAUGAACACGAUACUUGCUUCAUUGCUGGUCUCGCUGAUGCUCCAUUCAAUGAAUGUGGUCAGUUCGCAUAGGAUAUGCGGCUACAAGCUGGCUAAAAUCAUUCGUCAAGUUUGUGAUGUGGCCGAAUGUGAUUGGGAAGAUGAUCUGAUCAAGAUGGAAAUCGAUGAUGAAGAAGGUUUGUUACCAAAAUCAGUUGACUUCUUCAAAUACUUGCAAGCUUUAUCUGUAAUAAAACNCAAGAAAACUUUUUCAUGUGUACUGUACUGCUUGUCUCAUGAAACGUUCAGCAUUGAACAUUCUUCGACGAUGCCUGGCAUUUUUAUCGUACCAUAA